UAUCAAAAUUUGACCGGUCCGCAAGUUAAAACGGUUGAGAAACACUGAUUUAGGGAACACACUAGUGACGUCAGGAUUAAUGAAAUGAACGUUAUAAGUGCCCCGCUAUAUACUGACACAUGCGUCCGAAAAGAAAGCGAGUACAAAAUAAUAAUAAACACACAAUCUUUUUCAACUUCUAGUCUCGUAUUUUGGGCAGUAUAAUAAUUAAUAUAGAACCUUAGAUUUUGCAUUAAAUUGAUUUUAAAGAAAUGAUUUAUAUUACUUGAUUCACUGCCUACUGAAGAUAUCUCUAGUAGGCCGUGCUUGAUUGUAUUUUUGCAAUUCUUCCAACUGUUUCAAAUUUGUACCUUACGUGUUAUUCAAUAACUUGUACCAUUAGGCGUAAAAUUAAAUUUUGUAUAGAAAUACACAAAUGUGAUCUAAAGUUACCACCAAAGGUACAAAAAAACGAAACAGCUGCUAGAAUAAAUACGUGUUUAAACCGCAAAACUAACUGCUGUAGCAAAAUGUGCAAGUUCCUUUAGUAGUUUAGAAUCUAGAAACUGUCAAAACUCAGUGAUACUUUUUCGUAUGAAUUUUUACCUAUAUACAAAUUUUGAUUUGGAAUUUUGAUAAACCAAGUUCAAGAACGUUUUCAAGAACGUUUUUCACUUUGAUCAUAAAAUGCAAAAAUGUUUUUGUUUUUUUCCUGAGGUUUGUUUGAAAACAAUCAAACUAAACGUCAUAAUUAAUUGCGAAAACUAUAACUGUCUGUUGAUGUACACAGCGAAAUUUGAAUAAUAAAAGCAACUGACUGCACUUUAAAACUUGUCUCUGUUUUAAAAGCACGGAGUAGAAAUGGUUGGAAGCUGUGGCCAUCAUAAUACCAUUUCCAAUAAAGAUUCACCAAACAUCAGGAUCAAGUUUAACGAAUGGUCGUCAUUUUUAGAUCUUGACCAUUUUAAUUCAAGCUAUUUAAUUGCUGUUCUCACAGAAAAGAAAUGCAGCAACAAACCUUAUUUGUGGACUGAUUCAUCGGUGAAGUGUGAAUCGAAUGUUUCAAUUACAGCUUUACGACAAGCGGAAGCUACUUUUAAUUUGAGCCAGCUAAUGUUUGCUCUUUACCACGGAUCAAUAUCUGCAUGCACAUUUCUUGAUUUGCAACUAAACCGACCACCUCGUGAUAUUCGAAAACAUUUUACACUUUUGGGCACCAAAAACUGUUAUAAUCUAUCUGGUACAACAUUUAGAGAGGCGUUACAUACACUGUGUUGGGAAAUAACCGAAAGUGGUGGCUUAUCCGUUAUAUUUUCAAUGAUGCAGAAUCCCGUUUUGCCGAUAAUCCGACAAAAGUGCCUUGACGCGCUCACGAAUAUUCUGUGUGUAGAACAUAUAGAAAAGAUAGUUUUGGAGCGCCAGCCGUGGUUUUUAGAAAAAUUGGUGACCUUGAUUAAAAGUGGCGACUUACAGUGUGACAUGGUACCUGCUAUCAGUGUGCUCGAUCGACUCAUUGUGGUCAUACUAUCAGAGAAUAUGAAACUUCCGUACGAACAAUUAAUAAAGCUUGAUUUCGUUACCAUGUGUAUCCACCGACUACAAAACGAGGAUUUGGCCCAUUCCAACACUUAUCUGCACUUUGUAAAAUUCAGAACCAUUGCGAUGCAGGCGAUUGCUCUGUUGUGCGCGCAUUCGAGGUCCGGCUUGUGGCAAUCGAACGUGCAGGACCUGGUGUUUAUGCAUUCAUUCCGUUCUGUUUUGCUGUGGAAUACUGACAAACCACCCAGCGAUCCAGCAUGGCACCAGUCUGAAAGUUUUUAUCGCAGUAUGAGCUUUAGUAGCAGCGCUCUGUUGUUUUCUUUUAUUGUGCUUAUUCAUGGCGUUUUAAAGUGGCAGAAUAAAUUUGAGUUUUUAAAAGCUCAAGCACUUGCCUUUAAAUACCAGCUGUCAAAACUGCUUACUUUGAAAGGUUUAUCCACAGGCCAGAAAAUCAGUGGAACAAACGCUGGUGUUAUAUUAAACGCAGUCGAAUGGUUAUGGAUGGCUCUUUAUUCAACACCAACAAACAUACGCGAGAAGAUCGAUACCUCGUCGCUUUCUGCAGCCAUUCUCAAUCCACUGCCCGAGUUGUGUGAACGAGUUUUGCGCCAUUGUUCUAAUAAGCAAUGUAAAAAGAGGGAAAGUACAGUUGGAAAAUGGUCAGUUUGUUCACUUUGUGGAAUAACUUGCUAUUGCAGUGAUGGAUGUAGUGGCCUUGAUAAACAAAAAGAACACACGCCAGAGAUGUGUAACUUUCUUGCACUGAGACACUCGGAUUGUUAACAUUGAAUUCAUAUAUGCGUAUACCAUAUAUAUGUCACUGUGUGUAUAUAGUUGCACUUUGUAAAAAUCAGCAUUUGCAAUAAUUGUUUAUUUUUUAGUUCUUUUUACUGGAUAUAUAGUACCUAUAUAAUAAUGUACUGUAGUAGAUCUUACAUUAAAUUUUAUUUUUUGGCAAA